AACAGGACUGCUCCUCGUAGACACGUGGUUGGUUUGCACAGCUACGAGCAGACCUAGUUUCCUUGUCUGAUUUAUUUAUAUGCACGUUUGUCUCCUGACUUAGCGACAAAUUGGCAGCUAUGUCUCAGAUACAGGCGAGAUUCUUUACCCAGAAUCAGAAGCACAGGAUCGAUGAUGUCCCAUUCUCCAUUCCAGCUUCUGCUGACACUACAGAUCUUAGUAAUGUUAUCAACAAAGUUCUUGAAAGCAAGAAGGAUGAUCACGCACAUGUGGAGUUUGAUUUCCUCGUCAAGGGGCAGUUCUUGCGCUUGCCUCUUAUAAAGCAUAUGGAUGCCGAGGGGAUUUCUACUGAAGAGGUAGUUGAAAUUGAAUAUGUAGAAAGGUUUACGGCUCCCCAGCCGGAGGAGUGCAUGCUCCACGAUGAUUGGAUCAGCUCUAUUGCGGGCUCAGAGGAGUGGAUUCUAACUGGGUCUUAUGACAAGACUGCCAGAAUAUGGUCACUAGAAGGGAAGCCAAUUAUGACGAUUGCUGGUCACAAUGAGGUUGUUAAAGAUGUUGCCUGGGUGAAAAAAGAUAGCCUUUCCUGCCUGCUUUUGAGUGCGUCAAUGGAUCAGACCGUCAUUUUGUGGGAGUGGAACGCAGAACGUAACAAAGUAAAGGCUUUGCAUUGCUGCAGAGGUCAUGCAGCCAGUGUGGACACCAUAGCAGUGGAUGGAUCUGGGACUAAAUUCUGCAGUGGCUCAUGGGAUAAGAUGCUGAAAAUAUGGUCCGCAGUUCCCACAGAAGAGGAGGAUGAAGUCGAGGAGACUCCAGGACGUCCUAGAAAGAAACAAAAAACUGAGCAACUGGGGCUAACAAGGACUCCUAUUGUUACAGUCUCCGGCCACACUGAAGCUGUCUCUUCUGUCCUGUGGUCUGAUGCAGAUGAAAUCUGCAGUGCGUCAUGGGAUCAUACAAUUAAGAUCUGGGAUGUUGAAACGAGUUCACCCAAAACCUCUUUGACAGGAAAUAAGGUUUUUAACUGCAUUUCCUACUCACCACUGUGCAAACGUCUUGCAUCUGGAAGCACAGACCGACAUAUUCGCAUUUGGGAUCCACGGGGCAAAGAUGGUUCCCUGGUGUUACUGUCUCUGACGUCACACACAGGCUGGGUCACCUCAGUCAAAUGGUCUCCUUUUCAUGAGCAUCAGCUUGUUUCUGGAUCCUUGGACAAAGUAGUGAAACUGUGGGACACCAGAAGCUGUAAAGCACCUCUGUAUGAUUUAGCUGCUCAUGAGGAUAAAGUACUUAGUGUUGAAUGGACAGAGGCUGGGGUGAUCCUGAGUGGAGGUGCAGACAACAAACUAUAUUCUUACAGAUAUACAGUAUCACCCUCAGACGUGGGAGCGUAAACAGAUUGUGUGAACCUUUUGUACUGUUAUACGUUUGUUUUUUGACCUUGUCAAAGAUGACCUUCAAUCCCUGUGACCCAUUCAUUAUUGUAUAAUAUGUAUUUAUCUGUGGUAAUGGUGGGGGAGGAGCUGGGCUAUAAACCCGUUAACUGCUGUAACUGUUUGGAAUUAAACACCCAUUGUUUUAA